GGCUCUGGGCGCGGACGGUGGACACGCCUCGCGGCUUCCCCCCGGCAGCAACGGCGGCGGCUCGGAGCGGGCUCCAGGGCUCGAGCGCAGCGGCCAGCGGGCGCCGGGCGGCGAGGAUUACCUGGGAAGUGGGUUUCUCCUGGCUGGAGCCGCGGAGAGGGGCUCCCGAGGCGCAGGUCCGGCGGCGGCGGAGCGCGAGAGCACGGGCUCGGGCGGCCGGGUCGUUGGCCGCGGGGAGCGCGGGUGCAGGGCGAGCAGGCCGUGUCGCGCUCACCAUGGUCAGCUGCUGGGACACCGGGGUCCUGCUGUGCGCGCUGCUCGGCUUUCUGCUUCUCCCAGGAUCUAGUUCAGGUUCAGAAUUAAGAGUUCCCGAACUGAAUUUAAAAGGCACCCAGCACAUCAUGCAAGCAGGCCAGACACUGUCUCUUAAAUGCAGGGGGGAAGCAGCCCAUUCAUGGUCUUUGCCUGAAACGGUGAGUAAGGAAAGCAAAAGGCUGAAUAUAACUAAAUCUGCCUGUGGAAGGAACGGCAAACAAUUCUGCAGUACUUUGACCUUGAACAUGGCUCAGGCAAACCACACCGGCCUCUACAGCUGCAAAUAUCUACCUAUACCUACUUCAAAGAAGGAAGCAGAAUCCACAAUCUAUAUAUUUAUUAAUGAUACUGGUAAACCUUUUGUAGAGAUGUACACUGAAAUACCAGAAAUUAUACAUAUGACUGAAGGAAGGGAGGUCAUCAUUCCCUGCCGGGUUACAUCACCUAACAUCACUGUUACUUUAAAAAAGUUUCCACUUGGUACUCUGAUCCCUGAUGGAAAAAGAAUAACCUGGGACAGUAGGAAGGGCUUCAUAAUAUCAAAAGCAACAUACAAAGAAAUAGGGCUUCUGACUUGUGAGGCAACAGUCAACGGACAUUUGUAUAAGACACACUAUCUCACAUAUCAACAAAGCUAUAAAAUUAUAGAUGUAAUAAGCACACCAAGCCCAGUCAAAUUACUUAGAAAUCAUCCUCUCAUCCUCAACUGUACUGCUACCACUCCCUUGAACACGAGAGUUCAAAUGACCUGGAGUUACCCUGGUGAAACAAAGAAGAGAGCUUCUAUAAGGCGACGAAUUGACCAAAGCAAUUCCCAAAUCAAUGUAUUCCACAGUGUUCUUACUAUUGACAAAGUGCAGAACAAAGAUAAAGGACUUUAUACUUGUCAUGUGAAGAGUGGACCAUCGCUCAGAUCUGUUAACACCUCAGUGCAUAUAUAUGAAAAAGCAUUCAUCACUGUGAAACAUCGAAAACGGCAGGUGCUUGAAACUGUAGCAGGCAAGCGGUCUUAUCGGCUGUCUAUGAAAGUGAAGGCAUUUCCCUCACCAGAAGUUGUAUGGUUAAAAGAUGGGUUACCCGUGACUGAGAAAUCUGCUCGCUAUUUGGCUCAUGGCAAUUCAUUAAUCAUCAAAGAUGUAACUGCAGAGGACGCAGGGGAUUAUACAAUCUUGCUGGCCAUAAAGCAGUUAAAUGUGUUUAAAAACCUCACUGCCACUCUAAUUGUAAAUGUGAAACCCCAGAUUUAUGAAAAGGCCGUGUCAUCAUUUCCAGACCCAACUCUCUACCAACUGGGCAGCAGACAAAUCCUGACUUGUACUGUUUAUGGUAUCCCUCAACCUACAAUCAAGUGGUUGUGGCACCCAUGUAACCAUAAUCAUUCCAACGCAAGGUAUGACUUUUGUUCCAAUAACGAAGAGCCUUUUAUCCUGGAUCCUGACAGCAACAUAGGAAACAGAAUUGAGAGCAUCACUCAGCGCAUGGCAAUAAUAGAAGGAAAGAAUAAGACGGCUAGCACCUUGGUUGUGGCCAACUCUAUAAUUUCUGGAAUCUACAGUUGCAUGGCUUCCAAUAAAGUAGGGACUGUGGAAAGAAACAUAAGCUUUUAUAUCACAGAUGUGCCAAAUGGGUUUCAUGUCAACUUGGAAAAAAUGCCUACAGAAGGAGAGGACCUGAAACUGUCUUGCACAGUUAACAAGUUCUUAUACAGGGACAUUACUUGGAUUUUGCUGCGGACAGUUAAUAACAGAACAAUGCACCACAGUAUUAGCAAGCAAAAAAUGGCCGUCACUAAAGAGUACUCCAUUACUCUUAAUCUCAUCAUCAAGAACGUUUCCCUGGAAGAUUCAGGCACCUAUGCCUGCAGAGCCAGGAACAUAUACACAGGGGAAGAAGUCCUUCAAAAGAAAGAAGUUACAAUUAGAGGCUCAGAGGAGAUGCUCCUCCCAAAAUGAGUUCGGAGAUGAUAGCAGUAAUAAUGAGACCCCAGGUCCCAGCUCUGGGCUCCUCGUUCAGGCCAAGGGGUCUGCUCUCUGGGGUGGACUUGGUGCACGUUUGGAUUUGGAGGAUCCCUGCACUGCAUUCUCUGUGUUUUUGCUCUUGCUGUUUUCUCCUGCCUGAUAAACAACAACUUGGGACUGAUCUUUUCCUUCCACUUUGAUGCCAACCUCUUUUAAUUUUUAAGUUUUGAAGCUGCACAAACUGAAUAAUUUAAACAAAUGCUGGUUUCUGCCAAAGAUGGACACGAAUAAGUUCAGAAUGAGUAUAGCUGAAUUUGAGACUGUCGGACUUCUGCCUGGUUUUAUUUUGUACUAUUUCAUCUGUUCAUGAUUUGUAAAUAGCACCUGGAUAGCAAGUUGUAAUGCUUAUUUAUUUGAAAAUGCUUUUUUUUUUUUUUUACAUUAAGCGCAUUGAUCUUAAACUGGAGUUUCUAAAAUGGGCCCCAGGGGUGCAAGAUGUUGGUGUAAUUCAGAGACAGUCAAGUUUUAUCACAGUGUAAAUUAUGAAAGUCCACCCAAAUUAACCCCACCUCCCUCCUCCUCUCACGCAAUUCCAGGUCAUUAUGCAAUUAGUACUUAACUGGUUUUUAGGUGCUGUGUUUGAUAGGUUUCCCUAAAGUAAAAAGAUAAAUUCUCAUCCUUUUAUAUUCUGAUGCUCAUUAUGAGACCCUGAUUUUUCUAUGAAUUUAAGUUCUUCAUUCUUAUUUUAUAGAUGUGCUAAAUGGGUUUCAUAGUAAACUAGUCUAGCAAAGGGUUUCCUCCUCACUGCCUCUGACUGAACUAUACACUAUUUAUAGCACCUGAAAAAAGUGGAUCAUGCCUUGUCCCCUGCUUAUUCUUUUAAUGAACUUUAUCAUGUUUAAAUCAUGGCAUUCAAAGGUGUAUCACAAUCAGUUUAUGAAAGGAAUAAAGGCUAUUGUGACUGGAGGUAUAAUACAUUCUUCUAAAAUUUUUAAAAGUCCACUUUCACCUUAUGCAAAUGUUAACAGAAUUUUUCAUGGGGAUUAAAAAAUGAAAAAAUUAUGGAAGCAAAAUUUGAAGUCAUUUAAAAAUACACGCCAUUUUUAAAUCAAGAGAGAUUGUGAUCUCUUGUUUUAAGUUUCCAUUUGAGUGAAAACUGACUUUUUCACUAAUUUAAUAUGCAUUGUUCUGUUGUUUUCAUUUAUGAUUGAUCAUUAUAUGUGACUUGCAUGAACUAUAGGGGGAAAAAAAACUAUAAUGACCAAAAUAGCCAUGGCUGAGAAACACAGUGGCUGGGCUGUUCAAUAGGAGGUGACAAUAUGACAACUUUUCAAGCUUGGGAACUCACCAGACUGUUUCCUCCUUUAGGUAACAGACUCUGUCCCACGGCUAAACUUGUCUUUCACGUGGGAAUUGCUUUUGUCAAGUGUGAAAGAGUAAACAAUAGCAUUUCCCCAGAAUGCCAGUUUUAUGGAGCCCCAAAUGCUCUGAAAACAAUUAGUAACCUGGAAGUUGUCAGCUCAAAGGAAAGAAUAAUCAAUUGUAUCUUGAAAUUUUACCUAUGGCUCUUUGGCCUGGCGUCUUUGUUCAUUAUAAGUCAGUGUGUUCCUUCAGGAAACAAUGCUUUAGUACCACAGAACUUGGGGACCUCAAUUUUUACUAAAGCUUGAAAAGCAAAUGGAAUGAUUUAGGGAUUGCUUAUGAAAAAAUGCUGAAUUGGACAUGCAGAAUCUACCAUUUCCUUCCCCUUAUUACAAUUUUUGUGUGCAGGUGAGGAUGUUAGUAUUUACAGAAGGUGAUUUUUAGUACUUCCAAAAGAUGAUUUUAAGAAUUCCAUAGAGUAAUUAAGUGUUCACUGUAUAAUUAAUCCUUCCUGAGAUUUUAUUUAAAAAAUAAACUGUUGGGUGGGUUUUGUUUUUUAUUAGUUACUCUUUGGGAUAUUAAGUGAGGUGAGGAUAACAGGGAAAAAGAAAGAAAAAAGAGCAUUAUAUGGAGAACAAUUGAGAUGAAGGAGGGGGCAGUGAGGCUGGUUCCUCAGUCCCCAUUUCGAAUGAAGAAUAGAAACUAUGUAUUUAUGGGACCUGGCAGAUCUCUGGGGCCAUAACACUGAAAGUAAAAGAAGAACCUGGUGGGGAGCUAUCCUUGGCUACUGAUAACCAGCAGAAAUAUUACGUCAAUUCUAAUUUUCUCAGGUUGAAGGAAUCAGCUACAUUUGUUAAAUUCUGAUAAGCAGCUACCUACUUCUAUCAAAUAACUUAGGUUUUAAAAUAUGGAUUCAAUGUACCCUUUCUUAUUUGAAAUGUCAAAAUGGAUUAUUAUAAUGUAUAAAGUAGGAAUUGACAAAAUAUAAUUCCUGGGUUGAUUGGUCAUUUAGAAACUAGCCAAAAAUGAGACUUUUAACAUAGGAAGAACAUUUUUCAGAAAUGGGUACAAAGAAAAAACUCACAAUACUGUAUGUUUCAGAAUGUUUAUGUGAACUUUGUACUUAACUGAGAGUCCCAUGUUUAUUCUGCAGCCUUUGUGCUGCUUCUAUUGUCUGAAGUUUGUGUAGUACAAAUAGGGCAUUUGAGAGUUUUUCAUGACAUUUAUGUUAAAAUAAAAUGUUCUCUUCUAUAUAAGCACUGUUUUCUAAUACACCUGUCAGGGAAGUCCAAAUCCUGUCUGUGUUGAUGAUGUUAUAGUUCAUAGCUGUGAAAGUAAUUUGGGUAUCGUGUGCCUAUACUCAGACUUACAUUUUAUAAGGCCUAUGGGAAAUGAUAGGUUAUUUUUACCAUAUUUAAUGCAUGGGAAAUAGUAAAUUACUAGAGAAAGCUAUUAAAAGUACAGCUCAGUGAACUGGGUCUGAGUUUUAAAUGAGAUAUGUAAAAGUUGGCUUGCCACUGUAAAAGAUACUAUAUAGUAAUAUGAUACCAUUCUUUAUUAUCUUGUCAUGUUUCACUGAUACGUUUGGGGUCUUAACUGUGUAAAAAGGUCAAAAUUGUAAUAAGAAAGCAUGUACAAAUUGUCAUAAAUUGAAGGUUUUGUUAUAUAGGCCUGCAUUUUCAACUAGGAAAAGCUGUUUGACAGAUUACACAGAAUGCAAACACAGAAAUAUUGUAAUGGUUCUGUCUAGAAGGGCAACAUAGGAUAGGAAAGAUACAAUGAGAGAGGCCAAAGGAUCAUUGCUUCAUUCAUUCCACACUAUGUUUGAAGAAGGUUUUGUAAAUGACAGCACUUCUUUCAAUACUCUUUUUUGCCUUCAGACUUCAUCUUGUAUGAAACGAGAAGACUAAUGAUAAGCUAUGGAAAUCAAGAUUUAUUGAGAAAUCUGUUUCUCCUAACAGAUAGUAACCCUGCCAUAUUAUACUACUUCAACAUGUUAUAAAAGUUAUAUGAUAAUAUAUUCUUUAACCUGGGAUUUCUAAAUUGCUUUAACGAAUGCUAAUCCUGAGAGUUUCCCUGCAGGAAUAAAAAGAGAAAGGUUUGGGGACUCAGCAGAAUCCUGCAGGGACAUGGAAUAAAAGCCAUUGCAAUGUAUCAUCUUUUAUAACAUUGUAAUCACUCCUAAGCUGCAUUCACAGUUUUAAUACACUAAGAUGAGGAAAUCAAAAAUGGUCAGAGAAAGCUCAUACUGUAUAAUUGAAACCAGUGACGCAGAAUGUGUAAGUUAUGCCAAAAUUCUUUUGAUUUCUGUUUCAGGAUUUGCAACAAGAGGGGAAAGGGAUGAUUUGGGAGGGCAGGGACGACCUUAGGAGUUGUUUUUAUUCUUUUACCUUGGAAGCAUGAGCUACCAAUCCAGUACCCACCUAACUAGAAUGUAUACACAUCAGCGGGACUGACUGAUUACUUCAUUAAAUAGAGACAUUGGGGGCCUUGUGGGUACUGUUGUUUCUAUGUGGGAUUUUAAUGUUGUAAUGUAUUGCAUCUUAAUGUAUUAAAUUCAUUUUGUUGUACUAUAUUGGUUGGCAUUUUAUUAAAAUAAAAUGUAUCAUAUUUGUAUGUUUUAAGAGAAAAUAAUAUAAAAUAUAAUAUUUGUACUAUUAUAUAGUGCAAAAACUACAAAUCUGUGCCUCUGCCUCUUGAAUUAAUCCUUUGGUCACUUGCAUUUGGGAAGGGA